UGGCUGCGCCGGCUGCAGGUGCCCAAGAGGUGGUUUACUCACUUUUAUGUGGUUUCUGUGCUCUGGAAUGGCUUUCUGCUGAUCUGGCUUUUUCGAGCCGAGUUCCUCGGAGGGUCACUCCCAUCAUGGAUUCAGCACAUGCACCAUGCUCCUGGCAGAGAUUCUCAGAGUGAAGACACCGAUAGUGAGCACUUCUCUGCGCUCCUGGUUCUCCUGCUGCUUUGGCUGCAUAGCUGUCGAAGACUUGCAGAAUGCCUCUGGACCAGUGUGUUUUCCAAUGGCGUCAUUCAUAUUGUGCAGUAUUGCUUUGGACUUGGUUACUAUAUUGCGGUUGGCUCAACUGUGCUAUGUCAAGUGCCUACUGAUGUCAGGAAUGGAAAAGAGCUUUCUGUGCAGAUCUGCUGGUAUCACAUUGUAGGAGUUACAAUGUACAUUUGGGCCUCUCUUCACCAACACAGAUGUCUUGUGAUUCUAGCUAACCUUAGAAAAAGUAAAUCAGGAAAGGUCGUAAGUCUGAGCCACAGUAUACCUUUCGGAGACUGGUUUGAAACAGUUUCUUGCCCUCAUUAUUUUGCAGAGCUCCUCAUAUAUGUGUCUAUGGCCGUCACACUUGGAUUUCACAAUGUGAUAUGGUGGUGUGUAGUGAUGUGUGUUCUUUUUAACCAGGCACUGGCUGCUGUUUUGAGUCAUGAGUUCUAUCAGAAAAACUUCAGCUCCUACCCAAAGCAUCGAAAAGCAUUUAUACCAUUUGUUUUUUAAACUCUUUCUUUUAAAGCAUCUUUAGUAUACACUGGGAAAUAUUUUCUAGAAGGGAAUUAGAGAUAUACAGUUUAUUAAAGCUGAGGUAAAAUCACACAUUUUAUCUAAUUCUAGCUUAAAAGCUCUUAACUUUAAUGAUAAUCUCAUCCACAUUACCAGUUCAUGUGGGGCAGUGCAUGGUCUCUGCAUAUCGUAUAAGCUAAAAAAAGAUUUACUGAAGACCUUAAUUCAAACUGAAGAGAUGCUAAUUGGCUCUUUUCUGGUUUAUAAGUAUAUCUUAAGCGUAAAACGUUUGCUGUUGUGCAGCAAGCCCAAAUAGAAAUUUGUGAAAACUGUAGUGAAAUGAGGGUGCAGGGAAUCAUUUGAACUACUGUACUUCAUGCCUUGUCUAAUAUUUAAGCAUAUUUUUUCCUAGUCUCUUUUCUUUGAAUCACUUCAUAGGGAGGCAAACCUGUAUUGUCUUUCUGUGCUUCCCUGUUGGUAAUUAAAACCAGCCACUGCUUUAUAACUGCAAGCACAAAAACCGGUGGAGAAAGCUGCAGUGGAGGAAUGACUCAUGCUCAGCAGUGGAGAUAAACAGACCCAUUCUCUGCAUUAUCUCUGCUGCACCAAACUGUUUUCAUUCAUUGAUGAAAACUCCUUGUUUAUCCCUGAACUGGGGAAAUCGUGGAAGGUUCUCUGUCUAGAGAGACAGUAGAAGAGAAUUUGCAGAAAAUCAAUGGUUUUGGUUAUGGUUCAGUCACCCUUGCAGCGCCUUAUUGGAAUCCCAUGUGGGUUAGAGAGGGCAGUUAUAGAGGAUGACUGUAACCACAACUACACUUUUUUUAAACCCUGUGAGAGCAGAUGUAAUGAACUGCCAAGGCAGAGAACAGACAGCAACCAGUACCUGACAAGCAUUGCAAAGAAAUUCUUUACUGGGGCAAUGAUGUCACUCAGCACAGGGAUUUUUUGCACUUAACCAUUGAGUAUUUUGAUCCUUUUCAUGAUUGUGGAGUGAAUGAUCAGUUUGUGUGACGUAGCGUACGGAUGCCGGUGUUCCGGUGUGUUUUCUUACAUGUGUAUAUGAGAAUAUUAUUUUUAUAUACUGAAGUAGAUCUUAUGAAUGAUCUAAUUAAAAGAGUUUAUUACA